CUGCUCUUGGUUCUAUUCCUGAACUACCUGUUAAAAACUGCAAAGAAAUCAAGUUGAGUGAGGGAGAGCAAGCAGUUAGUGAGAAAUACUGGUAUUAUAAUCCAUGGACGGAAACAGCUAAACUUGCUUAUUGUGACAUGAAAACAGAAGAUGUUGACGAGUGUGAGUACGACUUAUACUAUUGUGAAGCCAACAGCUACUGCAGCAAUACAGUGGGUUCCUAUAUUUGCACCAGUGACCGUGGCCUCGCAUCGUCGAGCAUUCUAGGAAACUCGCCAAAAUACUACAUUGGCACUCUUUCGUCUUACCUGGACCCAGUCCUGACAGACUCUUCCUCGAGUAAAUUCAUCAGAUGUUAUCACGCCAAGACAGACGGCUGGGCUUCAUCAACCUUCCAUUUAAAAUGUGAUGGGAAGGGACCCACUGUUUCCAUUAUUCAAGUCGGUAAUUACAAAUUUGGUGGAUACACCGACGUGUCCUGGCAAAGUACGAAUGCAGGUUCUUGUGGGUACACAUCCGCGGCUAAAGCCUUUAUUUUCUCGCUCUACAACGUGCAUGGUUAUAAACCUGUAAAGUUGGCUCAGUACCGAUAUCAAGGAUAUGCAAUCUACCGCUGUAGUAGUUUUGGAACAACGUUUGGGGGCUAUCAAGGACGACAUGACAUCUACCUACCAAAUAACGCUGGAAACCUUCAAAAUUCAUUCACCACAUGUGGGUCUACUUACACUGUCCCUACUGGUUACACGGCGUUCACCAAGUGCGUAUUCUUUGCAGGGAGUACAUUAUUUACCCCGACCGAUCUGGAAGUAUUUUACGAGACAACAUCUUAG